AUGAGUGAAGCCAAAGAAGAAGCUAGAAACGCCACCGUUAAAGUGACCGUUAAACUUCCAAAAGAGGAUAGCCACUCUAACAAUGCCAAACACGCCAAGAAGGCUUCAACUUCCAAGAACAAUGACAUAUCCUUUGAAAUUAGCAGAGAAUCUAAAAUUCAAACAAUUUUGGAUGUAUUGGCUAUGAUUCCUAGCUCCAAAUACUUAACAAACGUUAGUUUAAGAGCAAUUGAAGAUGGCUCACAGCUAAGUGAGGAAGUUUCUAUAAAGGAUAUCGUAGGUGAAAAAAGCGACAUAAAACUUCAGUUAGUGAUGAAGCCAUAUAGUGCAAGAGAAGCUUUGAAACAUGUAAUUACAGUUCGCGACUUCAUAGGGUUUGCCCAAGAGACCUCAGAUGGUUUGUCUGAAUUUGCCAUUUCCACCGGCUCAAACUUUUCUUCUCUACCGCUAGGUCCAAUUAAGGAAGCAUCUAAGCAAGAAGAGAAGAAAGAUGAAGGAAAUCCAGAGGGAAAAAAAAGUACCUUUAAAAAUGUUUCUGAAAACGAAAAGCUUGAGUUCAACAAAAUGGUCCAUGAAGUUUUCUCCAGUUUUAAGAGUUCUUCAGUUAACGAACUUCUAACCUCUGAAUCCAACAUCAUCACCCCGUGUGUUAGAUCUUUGAGUUUUGCAGCUUAUAAUCCUGUACCUCCAUUUUAUAGAACCAAAGGCCAUCUAUUCUAUCUGCAAAUUGUCACUUUAGAAGGCGAAAACUUCUAUAUCACUGCAAUUCCAUCAGGGUUCUACGUCAAUAGAUCUAAUUCAACAAAAUUCGAUCCUUCCCCAAAGGAAAAUACCGAGGAGAACGUCAACCCAUCCUUGGUUCACUACAGUUUGUUUGAUUUGAUUUCAUCUCGUUCAAAAAAAUUCGUUUCUCAUGUUCAAGCGUUUGAAAAGAGAUUAUCAACUUUGGAUUCCACAAGCUACGUGAGACCAAACAAUACGUUUUUACACAAACCGUGGUUCGUUUCUUCUUUACCAGCGAAUAGCCCGGAUUAUCUAAGAUUACAAACACCUGCCUUGGACACUACCCCAGAAAGGAACUUUAACGAUGAAUUCCAAGCUAUUAAAGAUUUGGCAACAUCAACUUUACAGGACCGUAUUGAAAUGGAAAGAUUAUUCGCCAAGGUCGUUCACGAAUUCUCUGUUACCGCAGCAAAGGGAGCAAUGUCGAUUUUCUAUAGCGACUUCAUUGCAAUGAACCCAGAAUCUCCAAUUCAAGAUCAAAUUUUCUUGAAAGACAACAUAUUUUAUUCCUUUGUUUCUGAUGUUAGUGGCAAUUUUAAAGGUAAGGGUGGUGAUGAAGCUGCUAUCGCUGCUUCUAACCAGGAUUUGAAGACAAUCAAUAUUUUGAACCGUCUACAUAUGCAUGAAGUUCGUUACCUAUUAACAACCGUCGUUGAAUUUGCCGGCAGAAGAAUCUUAGCUCAAACUCCAGUACCUGGACUAUUAGCUACCAUGGGUAACAAAAUUGUCAAAGACGUCGAAACUGGUGAGGAAGUUACCGAGGAUUUUGUCAAUGAUAUCAACGUCAAAUACGGCCUUGAUGAAGGUUUAGAAAAAAUUGUUUAUGAUGCUGACUUCGAAGCUGUCUUGGAAAAAAAAUUUGUCAAGGCCUUCCAUUUGAAAAAGCACAAGGUCGAUGACACCGAAUUGGUGUUUUCCUCUCAAUCAAAGGGUAUCGUCGGAUUCGACAAGAGACGCUACAUUUUGGAUUUAGCCAACACAUACCCCUUGGAUAUUAACUUUGCCAGAGAAAAUUUUGACGAAUUCAAAGCAGAUGAUGUCAACAACCGUUAUCCACACAGACAAACAUUGUUACGUCCGGAACUAGUUGAAAAAUGGUGGAAUGAAAAGAUUGAGAAAGAAGGUAUUGAAUUUGAAAAAGCCUAUGAUGAAAACAGAUUCAGUUACAACCCUGAUGCUUACCAAAUCGAAGGUGUUGAGGACCCUACCGUUGAUGAAAUAUCAACGUAUUUACAAAAGGAUGUUAUUCCUAGCGUCAUUCAGGAUUAUUUAUCCGGUAAUUUGAGCACCCCUUACAAUGGCGAGCAUUUAGCCGACACUUUACAUAAAAAUGGUAUCAAUAUGCGUUAUUUGGGUAAAAUCAUUGAACUUUCUCAAAAAGAAUUAGAGUCUCAAACUGCCAAAUACGAAGAGAACUUGAAAACUGUUGAACAAGACAACAAAGAAUAUGAAGAAUGGGAAAAGUCUUAUUUGCAAAAGAUUGAAGCCAUGAUUAAGGAAAGACAGGCAAAGAUCAACAAGUUAGUACAGGAAGGUAAGGAUGUUCCUAAGGAACUAACUGAAGACCUGAAAUUGAACGAUGAAGAAAUCAAAAAGCCAACUGAUGGGAAACCUGUCGUCGUUGCCUAUGAUGAAUUAUUGCCAUUGAUAAAAAUCGCCGAAUUAGAAAUUGUUUCGCGUUCUUUGAAACACGUUUUGAAGGACUUAAGUAAAGAUGUCCCAAUCGUAUUGGUCCCAUCUUUAGUUGCUUACGUCUUCAAUAUGUUGGUCGGUACCAACUACAAUGCUAAUCCAAAGCCAGAACCUGUCGAUGAGUUUUAUCCAGUCGAUAAGUAUUCAUUUGCUGAAUGGACUCGUUCCGAAUUGUUGGAAUCUAUUUCUAAACAAGCUGCUUUACGAUUCCGUCAUCAUUUACCAUCUGGUUGGAUUGAAACUUAUAUGGAAAAUCCCUUUGCCUUAAUCAGAAGCGUUUCUUACAAAUUUGGUGUUCAAUUACUGAACAAGGAAUACUUUUUCACUAAAGAACAAUUGGAAAGCUACAAGCAAAGUUUAGACAAGAAAAUUAGAAACAAAUACGUUGAACCAGUAGCCACCUUCAGUUUAAACGACCUGACUAUCAUCCCACGUGUUAAGUUAUCAGAGUAUACUUCUUCAGUCAGUGAAGAAUUUUGGGCUCAAGGUGCCUCAAUGAUAAACGAAGACAAACAAACUGCUUUGACUUUGCUUGCUCAAUCCAUUACAGUCUUAGAAGAUGUUAAUAACAUUUUACACCCUACUGUUGCUGAAAAAUACUUAUCGUUAUCUGCCAUUUACAAUAAGUUAGCACUAUACCCAGAAGCCAUUGCCUUUUGUCGUAAAGCAUGUACCAUUUAUGAAAGAGUUAGCGGUAUCGAUUCUUUUGAAAUGAUGAGAGCUUUAACUAAUUUGGCCGUUCUGGAAUUUUCUAACGAAAGUCCGUAUAACGCUGCUGUUAUUUAUAACAGGCUCGCUGAGAUUCUAAAAGUUUAUCAAUUACCCAAGAUUCAUCAUCCAGCUCCAACAAGUAUUUUCAACCAUUUAGAACAACUAGCUCUGGGUGUUCAAGAUACUAAAUUGGCCAUUGAAGUUUUGGGACAACUAAGUUCAUAUGUUGUUGAACUAGAAGGCAAGGAAUCAUUAGCAUAUGGUUAUACUGAAUCACGCCUGGGAAAUUUGUUUGCUGCGUUGAAGGAUUUCCAUCGUGCUCUAGAACACAUCACUGUAACUCAGGGGAUCUUUACCAAACAGUUAGGUAUGAAUCAUACACAUUCAGCACAAUCAAGACAAUGGGUCAAUGGUUUGAACUCAUUGAUAGUGGAUUUGAAACAAAAAAAACAAUUAGCACAGGACCAAACGUCAGCAGCUGGACCAAAGCCUGCUAACACAGCCACUCAGAAGAAAAACAAUCGUCAAAAGAAAGAUGAUGUCAAACCUGAACUAGCCGACAAGUCUGUGGAUGAGUUGUUAACAUUUAUUGAAGGCGACUCUUCUAACUCUGCAAAUAACAAAAGCAAGAAUAAGAAGAAGCACGGUAAGAAAUAG